CUACUUCCAAUCAAACAAUCUAAUACAUACAAAUCGAGAAUUACGCCAAUAUUACCAUAACAUAACAGUAAAUUUCUUGUUACUCGAUAGCAAAUUACAAUUACAAUUUCGCAAUGUCAUCCGACUCGUGGGAAACCCGCGACUUUGUCGGGGGGAAAAUCCUCGACCAAUUAUUCGACGAUUGGAAGAGGAGCUUCGAAAUGUUGAAGCUGGAAUAUCUAUUCGGAGGAAAAGCAACGUUGGAGAUUAAGAUGACAGUCGAGCUGCCAGAUCACAUGAGCAAACACAUGUGGGGAGAACCACAUGGGGACAUGGAUUUUGAGCAAGAAAGCGAGGAGGAUGGCAAUGUGCAUGGCGAUGCAAUUGCACAUCCAGUCCGAGGAGAGAGCAAUUUGCAUGUCGAAGCAAAUGCUCCGACAACAAAAGGAAAAGAACAAGAUGUUAGCAAUGCGCAUAGUGGAGCACUUGCUUCCAUGACACCACAAUCUCGCAAUAUGCAUAUCGAAGCAAUUGUUCGGCCUGCACCAAAGACAUCAAAGGGAAAUAGCAAUUUGCAUAGCGAAGCAGUUGCUUCGACACCACAACAAAAUCGCAAUUUAAACAUCGCGCCAAAAAUUGGGCCCGCACCAAAGACAGUCCAGAAUAAUAGCAACAUGCAGAACAGAGCACCCCCUUCGAUAUCACAAAGCUCUCGCAAUUCAAACGUCACACCAACUGCUCGCACCACAUCAAACAACAUGCGUAGCACAGCAAUUGCCCCGACCACACAAAACUCUCGCAAUCCAAACAUCACAUCGAAUGUUCGGCCCACACCAAAGAUAAUCCAAAAUAAUAGCAAUAUUCAUAACGGAGCAAUUGCUCCGACAAACCAGAGACCGGCAAACAAUCAAAACCUCGCACCAGGACGAACCCAUAAAUCCUCGUCCUCCGCAAGAACUACCCAAAAUCCGCCAAGUUCUACAACCCUCGGAUCUUCAGCAAAUUUCAACCUGCCUUCACGCUCUGAACUUCGGCAACCUGAGCAAGAUCGUUUCAAUAGUGCUCAUGAAGAAAGUCACCGGCGUUUUCGGGACCGGGAGAAUAGAGAAUAUGAAAAUGCAAAAAGUGGAAGCAAGAGAUCAAGGGAUAGUGAUGCGGAAAAUGAACGCCGCAAAUAUCGACGCGGACAUUAUUCAUCUCGGAGAAAUUGAUGAAGGGGUUAUCGGGUGAGCAAGGGAAUUUAAUGUACUAUAUAGCAAGUUUAGUAGAUAGAAAGAUUCGGCAGAUAGCAAGAUUAGUACAUAGCAAUUCAGUCAAAGUAUGUUAGAUAGCAAGAUUUCGUUAGCAAACUAAUACGAUGAAGAUCUUGAAGGAUAUAUCAUACCAUACCAUGAUCAAUAAGAAGCUUUUACUGAUGAACCGUUGUAAUUGUGAUUGCGAUUGUGUCCUGUAUGCGUGAUUAUGGUGAAAUGUAUACCGAAGGAGACAUUUUGGAUUGGAUGUGUCUGUUAAUCAGAGAAUGGUCGUUGUGUGAUGACUUCCUGGUGAAAUU